AUGUGGUCUUUGAUUAAUCUAUGGAAUAACUACCGCUUCAAGAUUGACCCAACGAACCAGGAAUGCAUCGCUGAAGAUCUCUCAGAGUUCACAAGGAUAUUCACCGGUUCCCUCAACUUCAUCUUCUUGUAUGCAAUUCCGGUAAUGACUAUGCUGAUAACGCAGAUUCUGAGUGCCCGCAUGCUGCUUCGUCAGUCUCUCCGUUUCGCUGCUACCUCGCAUUCGAAACCAUCAUAUCACCUGGCCGCUCGGCGUAGGGUACUGCGAAUGAUGGCCAUUGUCGUUGCCACAUUCAUCAUCACCAUUGGCCCAAAUCAAUUCGUCUACUUUUGCUACAACCUUGGAGUCAUGCCAGAGUGGUUUUAUUUGGGUACACUACAUCGCUUUACGGUUGUUCUGGCAUCAUUCAACUCGUGCCUCAACCCUUUCAUCUACGCAUGCCAAAAUAAACGAUUCCGUCAAGGUGUCAGGGAAAUAUGGACCAAGUCUGACACGGCUAGAGCUCCUAUUUUCGGUCAUACUGAACGGUGA